AUGAGCGAAUCAAACAUCUUAGACCGACUUUCGGUUCUCGACACUAACACAGUGUCUGACGCAUUGGACUUCCUGAAAAUCAAAGGAGCUACUUACGGUCUGCGACCCCUUUGGAACUGCCCGAAAAUCGUCGGGCGUGCCAGCACAAUAAAAGUUGCCCCGAAGGGUGAUACUGCGCCGACGACGCAUCUUAUUAGCCCGGUGAUCGACGAAGUAACGUCUGAUGACCGCAUCCUUGUUAUUUCGGGCGGUACAGAUGGUGUAUCAUGCUGGGGUGAUAUCCUCGCGAAUGCAGCGAAAGUAAAGCACAUUCGUGGAACGAUCAUUGAUGGUAUGAGUCGUGACAUUGAUGGCAGCCGUGAUAUUGGCUUUCCAGUCUUUGGCCAUGGUGUCACCAUGAUCAGCGCACGCAAUCGCUUAGUCCAAAUCGAAUCUGGGACUCCAAUCCAGAUACAAGGAACUAUAGUCCACCAAGACGACUAUGUGAUCGCAGAUAAUUGUGGCACAGUCUUCGUCCCAGCCGACCGCAUCGAGGAGGUCGUCGAAAUGGGCGAACGCAUCGAUCUUCGUCAGACUCGGAUGCUCAGCGAUGUCAGAGCUGGUGAAUCUGUGGCUAGGGUCAUGCACGACACUCAAUUUAACGCCAUCCAGAAGAUAAUACCGCCUUCCGCAACCGCUGCGCCAUCCGCGGAAGGAAAUUCAAAAAAGAUUAGCGCCGAGGAUCAAGAGCUGGUGGCCCUGCUCGCUGAUAUAGAUACAGCUGCAGUCUCUGACGCGCUCGAUACGCUUGGUAUACCUGUCCAGGCAUUCGACAUUAUACCUUUGGCGAAUUACGAAAAAGUCACCGUGGGACCAGCAUUCACAGUACGUUAUGUUCCAGCCGCAAACCCGCCCGGGAGUGUUGGUGACUUUAUCGACGACGUUGCCGAAGGUGACAUCGUAGUCAUCGAUAAUGGCGGUCGCACAGAUUGUACUGUCUGGGGAGAUAUCAUGACUCAAUAUGCUGGUUUGCGAGGCAUUGCUGGCACUGUCAUCGACGGCGUGUGUCGCGAUGUCAAUCGUGCAAUUAAUGAUGACUAUCCCCUCUUCACCGCUGGACGUUGGAUGCGUACCGGCAAGGACCGAGUGCAAGUGGGCGGUGUCAACGAGCCAAUCUCUGUUGGUAAAGUACGUGUGAGUCCUCGGGACAUCGUUGUUGCCGACGCAAAUGGCGUUGUUAUCAUUCCGCGAGACCGCGUCCGUGAAGUAGCUGGGCUCGCACGAAACAUAGAAAGUACGGAAGCGAGCAUUCGAAAUAUGAUUGUUGCAGGUGCAACAAUCGGUAUGGCGCGAGAACAGCUAGGCUACCACACGCUCCAGCGUAAAAAAUAG